AGCGCAUCUCAAGGGAAACCCCAGAGGGCUGCGCCUGAAGCCCCGGAUGCUUUGUGAUGUCGAACAUCCAUCCGGCAUGCAAGCCCGUGUCAGGAGACUUUCAUCUCCUGAACGUACAGAUCAAGGAGCAUGUUGCCAAGUCUUUCACGGCACUGCUCACAUGCAACAUCAAGGUUCCAUACAUGAAGGCCGUGAACCUCGAAGGCCCACCACGAGCAGCUCGAAGAGAAGCGAUCAAGGAUGGUAUGGAGCUGGGAAGGAAGUUCCUGGCAGAGGGAGAGGCUGGAGCUCGAUCUGUUUGCCUGAAGUUGAAGAAGACGAAGUGGCUUCCUCAACAGCUUGUCAAUGUGGAUGAGAAGGACCUCUACACGAAUCAUCCAUUGCCAGGCUUCAGAGAUAGUCAGGAGCUCUUCGCGAAGGAGGAAGAGCUGGUCCCUCCUGGAGAAGGUUGGAUUAGACACAGCCCUACCAUGUUGGUUCACGCUCACAGUCCAGUGUACUUUGUGCAGAAGGGAGAGAAGGCUGGGAAGUAUUGUCGGCAGGGAGCACGACCUGGGGAAUGGGUGGAUAUUGAUCCGCCCCACGCUCCACAGGAGUACGACAUCAAAGUUCGAGCUGCGAGUGCAUCUUGUGUGCGCCGUGGGACGAAGUUUGACAGAGCAGUGACCCUCAACGAUGUCACAAAAAUCGCACGGCUCUCUUUGAAGCUGGCCUUGAGCUUUGUGGAUCGACCCGCAACUGGCUUUGCGCUUUUCCAGGGCUUGCGGACCUCCGAAGCGGCGCAGUGGUGUGCGGAGAACUUUCACAAAAAACUUCUUCCAAGAUUGGCUGAGAAGAUUCACGUCUACAAGACGGAGGAACUCCAGGAAGUCUUGGAGGCAACGCUGAAAGAACUAGACACUGAAGUCAUGAAGAGCGCCUUUCCAUUCAGCGGUUGUUCGGCCCUUCUCGCGCUUUUGCUUGGAAACCGCUUCGUGGUUGCCGGUGUCGGUGACUGCCGCGUCCUCCUGUUGGAGGGCGAGGGGAAGGGAGCUGGCUCUACACGGCUUUUGGACUGCGAGGGCCGCCUUGAUGACGAAGAAGAACAGCUGCGAUUUUGGCAGGCAGGUGGUAUGGUGGUGGAUGGCCUGUUGCACCACCAACAAGCCGACAAGCUGGAUGAUGCUAAGCGUAUCCUUUGUGCACCCAACGUGUUUGAUGUGCUCUUGGCGCCUGAUGAUGAGCUUGAUGUGAAGCAGGUGCGUGGGGCGUAUCGGAAGCUGGCAUUGAAAGUCCAUCCCGACAAGCAGAAGGACAAGGAUUCUGUAGAGAUGAAAGCUUAUCAAUAUGCCUUUGCGCGGUUGGAAGAGUCCAAAGAAAGGCUCGAAGGAAUGAUUGAAGAGGAUUUGGAAGCGUGCAAGCAGAUGCGCCGAGUGCUACAUGCAGAGGUGCACACUCGUUCAGGAGCUGCAUCCCUUCUGGGUGUGGACUGGACACCCGCCUCUGAUUCCAUCUUGGAAGAAAUAGAGCAAGAUGCUGCCAAAGCUGCGAAAGAGUUGAAGAAGAAGUUUGCCAAAUUGCAGGCCUUUGCCCCUGACUUCGGCCAAGCAGAAACUAUUUGUGACGAAGCCGUGCGCACCAUGGCGCGGCCCUGUACGGUGGAGUCACUUCCCAGGACGGAGGCCUUGCUGAAGGAGGGCCUUCAGAUGAGCCGUGCCCUGGGCGUGAGAGAUCUCCGCUCUCCCCGUUCCGUGGUGGUUAUGGAGCCGAAGUCGGCGUCCCACUUCGUGUCCACCAGUGCAACCAUUCGCUUCGCCCUGCUGUGCGGAGCCACAGCUGCCUUGAAGGACGAUCAAUUGGUUCAGAGCGCGGCAUCACACUGCCGCAGGCCCAAAGCAUCUGCAUUGGCAUGGAACGCCCUGGUCGAUGCGCCUUCGAGCGCGGCAGUGUGCAUCAGCAUCAGCCCCAGUGGCAAGGCUGAGGCGCCGGCAGCCAAGCGCCAGAAGACCGCGCAGGGUGCAGACACCGUGAGGGCACGCCAUAUUCUUCUGAGACACCAGCAAGUGCGACAGGCAGAUCCCAUGCUUCGAAGAGAUCCAGGGCGAAGCCUGCAAGAGGCGGAGGAGUUGGCGCUGAAGACGCUUGAGACUCUCACCAAGACUCCGAUGCUUGGAGUGCGCUGAAGACGCGCUGAAGACGAUUUGUGCCACCUUUUUUGCGCAGUGAUAUGAAGAAACACAGUCAGUGGAGUCAGUUUUUGGUCAGGGACUCUGAGAUAUGAAGUACACGUUCAGGGACUUGUUCUUCAAUCUAAACGAGAGAUUGGAAGGUACUCAGUUACUCAGCAGGAUAGAGUCUGCUCACUUGCUCAUGAUUGCUUAAACCCUUGAUUUGCCAUGCAACGAAUCUGCAAGCAGAUUGCCGCGCCGCGCUCCCAGCACUUCAGGAACCAAUUUCCGAAGCUUUGCAGGUGCGAUGGGAAGUCUCGAAGAAAAUGUUUCAGAGCAAACCAUGGCAACUCAUGCACUUUAUUUUGCAAUCUCACGGCAGAAUUUUAUAGCCACAGAGACAUCAAUCGAACUUGACAAGGAAACCUUUCUAGGCUUCAACUCUACUUUGUUACAGUAGUCACUAGUGCUGCUGACUCCACAUGGCCCCUGCUGGUGCACGAUUUUUUUGGAGCUCCCAAGCUCCAAGAGAUGGCUAAGACCGAUCUGCGUUAGCUCUUCUCGCCGAGGGAGCUCUCGGACUGCCAGACCGGGGAGCAGCCCGGUCAGCUCUGUGGAGAUUUAGGAUGGGUCGCCACCGGGUCGCAGGGUGGCAGGGUCGUUGAGUGGAAUGCAACCUAGAAGCGAUGGCCUCCAACCUCGAAGCGAUGGCCUAUAACCUAGAAGUGAUGGCCUCCAGCCUAGAAGUGAUAGAUGUGGAAUGGGUAGCACCCGGUGUGGAGACCUUUUGUAAUUUUUGUCAGACCUAGACAUGCUCCU